AGUUCUAAUGACCUCGCUCAGGACCUGGGCUCACAGAGGCCCUUACAGGCCACUGUAGUGCUGUUGAACUCUAAUGGUAAAAGCUCAGCGUCUCAGGGUGUCACCAUGACCACGCUCUGCCUGGAUUCCCCCACCAAACCCAAAAAUAGGACCUUGUUUGGCACAGAAUGGCUCUCCCUACUCAAACCAUCAGUCAACUUGAAACCAGGAGGCAGUCUCAAGUUCUCAAAGUCACUGAAUGACGUGGGACAAAAGAUGGACAGCCUAUGCAACAGUCUUCACUUUAUAGACCGCACGUGUUCGGAUGGGGAGCUGGGAGUGGAGAAGGAACAACUCGUGCAAGACGGCCACAUCAAAGCCCUCAAUGGUCAAGCCAACUCUCCUCCUCCAUUUGCUUUCCAGCCUCCAUCCUUCCUCAACAACUAUAAAUGCAUCUCUAACCCAGGGCCUGAGUACUGCCUGGCUUCCCCUGCUCCUCCCCAUUCAGACCUUCAAAGAAGCUCCAACUUCCUGCGCCUCAUCUUCCCGUUCACCCGUUCAUCCACUGCAGGAAGUCUGCAGGCAUCUGAAAUGGGAAGCUACGCUUCAAGGCUCCACAUCACAAAUUCAUCCAGCGCCAUGCUGGACGUCAGCGAGUCUUGCUGUAUGGAGGAGAUAGGAGACGAUGAGGUGUUCGAGGAGGUCUCGUCCCGCUGGAAGCUGAAGAUGGAGCGCUUGCGGGCUCCUCUUUGCUCCCUUGAGGAGGACAGCGACCUGGAUCAGUGCUGCUCUCCACUGUCAGAGAAAAACGUGCCUCUGUCGCCCUACUCCCUGUUGGGGGACUGCUGCAGGAUUUGUCACUGUGAGGGGGAUGAUGAGAGUCCGCUGAUAACACCCUGUCACUGCACUGGGAGUUUGCGGUUUGUCCAUCAGGCCUGCCUGCAGCAGUGGAUCAAGAGCUCAGACACGCGCUGCUGCGAGCUCUGCAAGUAUGACUUCAUCAUGGAGACCAAGCUCAAGCCACUCCGCAAGUGGGAGAAGCUUCAGAUGACCGCCAGCGAGAGGAGGAAGAUCAUGUGCUCGGUUGCUUUUCACGUCAUCGCCAUCACAUGUGUCGUCUGGUCUCUCUACGUCCUCAUUGACCGCACAGCAGAGGAGAUCAAACAAGCGGGGAGAAUACCAGGUGGACUAAAGCUGCACCCCGGCCUGACUUACGGAGCCUCUGAAAGCAGGAUACUGGAAUGGCCUUUUUGGACCAAACUGGUGGUGGUGGCCAUAGGCUUCACUGGCGGACUGGUGUUCAUGUACGUGCAAUGCAAGGUCUACAUCCAGUUGUGGAAGAGACUCAAGGCCUACAACAGAGUAAUAUAUGUGCAGAACCGCCCAGAGACCUGUAAAAAGAGCGUUUUUGAUAAGCCCUCACUUCUGGAGCCAAACUUGGAGAAUAAAGAGGCACUCGGGCUGGCGCAGUCGGACACAAACUCUUCCCAGUACACAGAGACGGAGGACUACAGUAUGGAGAUCCUGCACGUGUAAUCGCCUGGCCUACAUAUACCUACCUAGAGGACUGGCUGGGGCGUUGCAUGCUCCGGGACACAUGGCGAUGCCACACAGCACUGGGCACGAGGACUGUCUGAGACUGAGACUCGUUUUGUUGUUUAGAUGUUAUUUUCUCUUUGUUCGUUUGUCCAAACUGUUCCUGUGAGUUGUUGGCUAACCAUAAUGAAUCUCGGAUCAUUCCAGCUACUGCCAUUGUACUGCUGUCGUACAAGAGUUGAAAUCCACCGUUCGAGCUGUGUCUGUGUGGACGUGUCUGCACUGGUUCUGAUGGAGUCGAUGCAUAGAAGCACUUUUUAUUUCCCUGUUCUGAAGAGCCCUGUUUUAAUAAUAUAUUCAUUCCCUUUCUACGUGGAUAAGACAUUAAAACAAACUUGAAGUUUUGCGAGCGAGA